AUGGAAACAAUCAGCAACCAGGCCCAUAAUCUGGAACGCCUUCUCCAAGCGGAUGGGUAUAAGACAUGGGGCUUCCUUGUCUACGGCUGCACCUACGCCAGUGAUCUCUACUGGCAGAAAUACCUAGAUCUCUUUCUCGAUGAAGCAAAGUACAAUCUGGGAUUCUACAGUGGCCUUGACCUACUCGAUAAUUUCGCCCCCACGGUCUUUGAGGAUCUUUCGCCGUAUUGA